AUGCUGACCGCAGUGCUGCUAAGCUGUGCCCUGCUGCAGGCACUGCCCACCGUGCAGGGGGCCCAGAUAGGCCUGGCCCCCCUGGAGGGCAUCAGAAGGCCUGACCAGGCCCUGUUUCCAGAGUUCUCAGGCCUGGGCCUGCGGCCCCCGCUGAGGAGGACAGCGGGAGGACACGCAGAAGAGGCCCUGCUGCAGGAGGCCGAGGCCUUGGCAGAGGCGCUAGACCCGCAGGGCCGAGAGCCACGCUCCCCGCGUCGCUGCGUGCGGCUGCACGAGUCCUGUCUGGGACACCAGGUGCCCUGCUGCGACCCGUGUGCCACGUGCUACUGCCGUUUCUUCAACGCCUUCUGCUACUGCCGCAAGUUGGGUACUGCCUCUCACCCCUGCAGCCGCACCUAG